CCCAACACCUCAGACAUACACCUCAUACACCAACCCCGUCGAUGGGGAGGGGAGGGAGCAAGAGCGAGGUCAAGGAAGUAGAGUGAGUGAACAGGAGAAAUUUAAGCAUUUUUGGAAAAGGAGGAGUUUUGCAAGCCGGUUUUUUGCAAGUGAAAGAGAGUUGGUGUCGUAUAUCCUCAUUACUAAUUCUCACCUACAAGAACAUGGCGCUUCACCGAAGCAAGCUUGGCCCUGUGGGCGGGGGUGGGAGUGGAGCAAAGAGCGAUGGGGGCGUGGCGGUAGAUUUGGACCCUUUGUCGGCGUUUGCGCUCAUGGGACCUGGCACCGAGGGCGUUAGUACAUCGGGAGGAACGGAGUCUGGCUCGAGCGGAAGGGCUGCUGGAAUCAGCAGCGGCGCAACACGAGGCGCCAGCAGGAGAGGCAGGCAACAGAGUGCGUCGCCUCCUGCAUCGGUGCAGCGGCCGAGGGAGAGUAGGGGCUGGCUUAACGCUGAGCCGAGUCUUCCAGGGCCACCGAGGCCCGUGGUGGAAACAACGGGGAAAGCAGGUUUUUCUAUCGCAGGCACAGCGCCAGGGGGCCUUGCGCCCCCCAUCACACCAUCAAAUCGCAGACCGGCUCAACGCAUGUCUUCGUUAAUGGCGACCCCACCGCGUCAGCUCGGAGCGCUUGGUGGCGGCUCGCAGGGGAACCAUUUCAAGACAGACGGGGUUCAGAAGAGGGACACACCCAUCUACGAGGAUGUGGUAGCUCGUCCAGAAGCAGCGGCGGAGAAGGUCACCCAGUUGGAGAUGAUGAAGAACGAAGGAAUCGAGUGCCUCGAGAACGAGUUGCUCGUCGUCAAGCUGCAGAACGCAAGCUGUGAGGCUCUUCACGGGAAGAUGGUGCCUGGAAUGCUCAUAAUGACCACGUACAAGCUCGUGAUCAUUCCCCAUAGCACGCAGAGGGGAGCGAACUCUACCAGCGUUAGCAAAGGGUCGAUGGCGAGUACUGGUACAGACGAGCGGUAUCUUCCGUUUGGACACCUGCCGAAGGAGUACAUCCAGGUCCCGAUGACGUACAUAGACAGGAUCGAGCGCGAUGCUGAUCGGAAGGGAGCUCCCAGGGCGGAUAGGUACUUCAGCACUGAUGUGGCUGCCACCAUACACUGCAAGGAUGCGAGAAGAAUACGCGUAUCCUUUGGAGGAAAUGACGAGUCUGAACGAGCGAUGAAAAUGCUUCACAGCCUGGCCUUCCCAGGGCAAAAGAUGAAAGAUCUGUUUGCGUUCAGCCGCAACACUGUGAAGCCCAGGGCGCCGGACCCAGGGUGGCACAUCUAUGAUGCUGGCAAGGAGUUGGACAGGAUGGGUGUGUUGAAGCCUCGGCGCAACAAGGGUGUUAGCCCUUGGAGGGAAACCCAGUUGAACGCCAACUACGAGUUGUGUGGAUCGUACCCAUCUGUUCUGGUCGUCCCGGCCUCCAUAACGGACGACGAAAUUAAGGCCGUGUCCUACUUCCGAUCAGAGCAGCGCGUGCCUGUCUUGUGCUGGGGGCGGCAAGCAGAUGCUGCUUCGAUAUGGAGGUCCAGCCAACCUAAGAUCGGAAUCUCGCGUGCGGCUUGUGCCGAGGACGAGCAUAUGCUCGCAAGCGUGGCGGCUUGCUCGCCGACUCGCAUGCUCCCGAUCGUAGACUGUCGGCCACGCUCGACUGCCACCGCCAACUUCGCGGCAGGCUACGGCUACGAGAGCUACCCGGACUGCCCGCUGGAGUUCGCGGGUAUUGGUAACAUUCACGUGAUGCGAGAAAGCCUCGCAAAACUGGAGGGGCUUUGUCUAGGUGGCACGGCCAAGGACCAAGAGUGGAUGGCGGUGGUUGAGGAUACAAGGUGGCUCUCUCACGUGCGCACCGUUCUGUCGUCGGCAUGGACCGUGGCCUCUAAGGCGCACACACAAAGGAGCCCCGUUUUGGUGCACUGCAGUCAUGGCUGGGACCGGACUUCUCAGGUCUGCUCCUUGGCCCAGAUGCUGCUCGACCCGUACUACCGAACAAUCGACGGCUUUCAGGUGCUGAUCGAGAAGGACUGGUUGGCGUUCGGACACCCUUUCCACCUUCGGCAUGCGUACGGGAUGCCGAGGGGAUUGACGUCGGGCAAGGAAGAUCAACGCAGCCCCAUCUUUCUGCAGUUCUUGGACUGCACGUGGCAACUUGUCAUGCAGCUGCCCUCGUACUUUGAGUUUAACCCGAGGUUCCUGCUGUGCAUCGCAGAUCAUAUCCAGAGCUGUCGCUUCGGCACAUUCUUGUGCAACACGAACAAGGCCAGGAAAGAGAACAUGCUAGAGGAGAGGAGCGACAGCCUGUGGACAUUCCUCGAGUUGCACCGGCCGGUCUUCCUCUCUCAGCUCUACACGGUGGAUACCGUGCACGAGCUUCUACCACCGCUCUCCAGUAUCCUGCGGCACGUGAGGCUCUGGAGUGAUUACUUCUUGCGAUGGAGCCCUGCACCAUCAUUCAUGCCCCUGCCACGGCUACUCCGAGAUAGCGACAGCAGCCUGGACACUAGCAGCAGAAGAAGUGACGGAACCAAGUCUCCUGCGGGGAAGACUGCGGGCCAGCAAGCACGAAACGCUGUAGCCGAAGAGGGUCAGCACCCUGCUAUUCCGAUCUUCAGGUGUGAGUUCGAUGAGAUGGAGCGAUGGAUGGGCUUGUGCAGAUCUGGAGUGGGCAAUGCGAACGGCAACAGCAAGGCUGCCGCGAGGGGGGGUGUACCCUGUGGUAAUGACGAUAGCAGUAGUGCACAUGGGUGUGAAGGGGCGAAGUCGGAGGUGAGUGUGGUCUGGUCUUCUUUUGCGCGUUGCGAUGGAAGGCAAUUGUUGACGGUCAUUUGGCGCCCUGUUUUUUCUUGAAGGCUUUCGUUGUUUUGUUUUUAUCCAACCCUCCGCCCAUAUUUGUGCACCGCGGUUUUGACUCUGUUAAGUCAUGCAUGGUAGAAAUCCCCAUAACAACUUGAUGUCAGCUGAGUUUCUGUGCUCGAUUUGUGCCCCAAACAUCCUGUCAAUAUUUUCGGGUUUGACUUCGGCACUGCUAACAGGAUCUGGCGGCUGCUCGGAAGGAGAUCAUUCAGCUCAAGGUUGCCCUUGCGGAAAAGGAGCAACUGUUGAACACACUGGCGCAAGCGAACGCGAUGGACGCGAGCACUCCGCAGAGGGCAAAAGUGGGUACGCGCAAAGUGCACACUGCGCCUUCGAGACCGUUGAGAGACAGGCGCGGAAACCCCCAUGGUAGGACAGACCAAUCGAGCACCGCCACCUCGCGAACACAUGGCGAUAGCCCUCUUUCUGAGGCGGCCGCGGUCGCGGCUGUGGAGGCCGCUGCAGCAGACGAUGAGAACGAAGAACUGGCGGCAUCUCGGCCUCGGGGCCUUUCUUCCACAGCGGAAAGCAGGGAGGACGUCAAGACUCGGUGAAAGACGGUGUAACCUGGUCGGGGUUGGUUGCUCCAGAUCCUGAGCGAUACCACGCAAAACUUCCCUCGGGUACGCGUCAAGACGCUGUAUUCACGUUGUCGCAAAUGGGGUGUAUGCCGAUCGAGCGGGUACAAUUCUGGUUGUCUUGAAGAGUAAGCGUCCGCCUUUCGUGAAGCGGGUUCGGAUGGUGCGGAGCAAAUUGAUGCAGCAGCUGGCAAGUUGAGACGCCGCUUCCCGGUUGCAUGACUACCGGAUCUUGUACUUUUCAAAGUACUACAUAAAUCACUUGCGUGCGGGUAUCCGCGAAUCGGUCAUCCAUGAAGCACGCGGUGCCUAACACUGCACGCAAACACGUCACCUGGUGAGUACGGCAUUGAUGCGCGGCAUCGGUACCCACUAAUUGGACAACGCGGUGUCUAAUGGCGUUUGCGACACAUUAGAAGUAAAUACGGCAAGGGUAUACGCGGAUCCGUCACCGAGUAGGCACGCGGUGCCUAAACAAUGUACGCAAACACGCACCUGGUGAGUACAGCAUUGACGCGUGGCAUCGGUACUCACCAAUUAGACAACGCGGUGUCUAACGGCGGUUGCAAGGGUAGAUACGGCAACGGUGCACGCGAAUCCGUCAUCCAUGAGAAUCGUAGGCACACAAGGCUGUCUCCACAAUGCUGUAUGGUCCUUGCACCCGCGAUGUGUGUGUGUCUACCUUCUCGAUUGUGUGCACAUAUGUACGAUGAUUGGAGCAUAUAUUUGUUCCCUUAGAGCGAGCCAGUUCUCGACGAGGCAAAUCACGGGUUGCAGCCGGUUUUCGUCGAUUUUGUGUAGCUCCUAGAGAAGACAAGAAGCCUCGGCCAAAAGUAUAGUGUCUUCAUCACUGGCGCGACGGGACUACAUGGUACCGCUUAUUUUCCGAGAGAGGUUCACAGCAGCGGGGGGGGCGGCGGGUGGACAGCACAAUCUCAUACUUCGUAUUUAUUUGAUGCGUUUCAUCGAUUCGAAUAUCCCCCUCGGAAA